AUGGAGAAGCAGGAGUCCCCAACUUCUCAUGGGACCGAUCUCUCGUCCAAAAACCACCAUAAUGACUGUCGCGAGCUUGUGGACUUGACUGGAAGUGUCUACAGCACAAUUCCGUCUGGCUUCAAACCAGUUCUUACAUUCGCAUCAGAAGACCUCCCAGGAAAAGAUAGAGAGGAUGUAGCAGUCAUCGACAAGGUAGAUGGCACUUCCACCAAAAAUGGCGUGGUAGUCAUAGGUACCGAGACUUGGGAACCUUUCACUUGGUAUACAAGGCAUAAGCACCAAACAUUCACUCUUGUCUUGCGUCCUACGGAGACCACGAGUAGUGAUGUUGAUAUACUCAGCAUCAUCAGCCAUUUGACGCUGCCAGAUGCAACUCCGACAACCUCAAGCGAGGAGUUGACUUCAAGUUCGUCAACUUCGGAGAGUUUGGUAAUUCCAACUGCUGCGUACGCUCAAAGGGAGCAUUGUCGAGCUGGAUGUUGA